AUGGCAAGCAAAGCAGACGGCAACGGCGUCACGGACGAAAAUCUCUACCACAUCGUCUUCAGCAUCUCCAACAUCCCAAAAGACCCCAACCUCGCAAUCGAGAAACUGCGCAUCUGCGGCACCUUUACAGACCUGCAGGCAGCCAAAGCGGAGGCACACAAGACACUCUUCGAGGCCGGCUACGAACGAGAAUGGUUCACCGAGUACGACACCAACGAGACAGACUUUGAAGUCCACCACAUCAAGAGAAAAUCGGGGCUCUGUGUCUUUGCGAAAGCAAGCGACGGCACGACCUUCCGUGUGGCUGUCGCAACCACGCCGAAUACCCAAGGCUUCGAGAGCAACCCAGAAGACCACAAAGUGCACGGCGACGUGUACCAUGUGGUGCAAACCACAGUCCUGUACGACGAAGACGACACUGGCGAGGCCCGGGAGACGAUUGUCGAGGGCUCGUUCAAAAAGUACGAAGACGCCAGGAAAUUCGCCAGUACAGUUCUCCUGGCACCCGAGGACGGUGUGACGAAGGAGUCAUUUGCAGAGUACGACGAGGCAGGUCCAACAGAGAAAGACUGCGGAUACGGCGAGAAUGUAGUGGUACAUGCAGUUGGCAGCAAUGGUGAGAAUCUGCUCAUCAGCGUCUUAAAGGGGCAGGAGAUGGAAUCGGUCAGGUUGGCAGAGGCAGCGAUGAGGAUUCGCUCGUUCAACUAA